AGUUUUCAGGAAAAUGUUGACCAACAUGCUACUUCACGCCGAUCACCACUUUUAUUCGUCGUCGCAAUUCGCGAGCUACUACCAGUACUCGCAAAGUUCACAGUUCUUCGAGCAAAUGCUUCGUGAGAGCUCCGAGAUACGGGCUCCGAGCAGUGGCGAGUCGAGGAUACCGGUUGUCGGACGUUUAAAGAUGCCCCCUCCUCCACCGAAACUCAAGCAUUGCGAGGUGUGUGGCAACGCUGGUGCCACGUCACACUACGGUGGUACGGUAUGUGGUGGAUGCAAGAUUUUCUUCUCACGGACAGUGCAAAGCAGAAAAGGAUUCGUCUGCGAGCGGGGCGGUCAGUGCCCGAUGAACGCUGGGAAGAGGGCAAAGUGCCGGGCGUGCAGGUUUCAGCUGUGUUUGAAGGCUCGUAUGAGUCCGGAAGAAGUCGGACGUCUCCGAGACAUGCGGAUGGGUGAUUAUCUGCCGAUUGUGAAGAAGGAAGGAUGUGUGGUGGGAUAUUUCGACGAGAGCUCUCAGCCAUCGACGUCCAUAGAAGACUGCACCAGCCAAGUGCACUCCUUCAUUGAUACCUUCAAAUACAAAGAGGAUGAGAUGUCAGUUGUGAAUAUUUUUGUAAACUUGGAACGAUCUUGCGAAAACAAUGCAGCAUUAUGCUACCGGGACGAUUUCCCCAAAACGUUCAAUGCAUCGAUUGAUUUGCAAAGCGCUAUGGAGUUUCCUUUGCCAAUUUGUGAGCGGAUACCUAUGGAUUUCCUCCGAAAACUGUUCCUUCGAGACCCGAAAGAAAAUUUCAAGUUGUUCUGGUGCAGGAGUGUGCUACAUUUUCUUCAGUGGUGCUCCGCUAUAGAAGAUUUGAAUUAUUUCUCACGGCAGGAGAGGACAAUGCUAAUCGCUGAAAAUUUUGUUUCCAUCGGCUGCCUGAUCAAUUUCUACGGAUUUUUAAAAAUUCAAAGAGAAGAGUUUGAAAAUUGUCCAGAAGACGGCCAAAUCCCGGCUCCGUGCUCCGCAGAAUGGUUUCAAGAACUUUCAGGACUGUCAUUUGAAGCUCAAACUGCCGUGCAUCGCGCAAUUUCCGAGAUUAUGGAGCCCAUGGACUCGUUGGACGUCAGUAUAGAGGAGCUUGUGCUCAUGAAGUUCAUAAUGAUGUUCAGUGAACCUUCAACCCAAACGUCCGGUGACAUCUACCGUAUUCGCAGUUAUCGAUUAAAGUACUGCGAGCUGCUCCAAAAAUAUAUAAAGACUCAGAUACCCGACCCGGAAAGGCGGAUUGCUCGAAUCGGCGAGCUGCUGAAGAUUGUGGAAGCUGUGAAGACCACCUCGCAAUAUUUUGACAAAUGGAUGACAAUGUUUUUCGCAUCGAACACGUGUCAAAUGAAUGACGUAUUGGUCUACGAUUUCCACGUCAGAAUGUGGAGUGACGUCAUCCCAACCUCCACGUCAUCAUCAUCAUCAUCGAUAUUUGCCACGUCAUCAACCUUGCAAAAAAUUAAAAAGGAAUAUUGAGGGAUUUUUUUGUGAUAAUUUUGGAAAUUUUUAUCUGAUUAUUUAUUUUUAAAUUGAUUUUAUGUAAGCAUACAGACGAUAAUAAAUUAUUUUUACACCUUUAGAAAU